UUGUCGUUUUAGUGUAAAUUCUCUAUUUAGGUUUGUCUAUUAUCGUUGCUCUAUAAGUUUAUAUUUACUCUCUGGUUUCUUUCUUUCUGGUGUCAUUCAACAUGCCUCCCAAGAAGGAUGCCAAGACUUCGGCCAAGCAGCCACAAAAAACUCAAAAGAAAAAGGAAGGUUCCGGUGGUGGAAAAGCUAAGAAGAAGAAGUGGUCUAAAGGAAAAGUCCGUGACAAGUUGAACAACCAGGUUCUGUUUGACAAGCCCACAUAUGAAAAGCUGUAUAAAGAAGUACCACAAUAUAAGCUGAUUACACCCGCUGUUGUCUCUGAAAGAUUGAAAGUCAGGGGAUCCCUUGCGAGGCGAGCACUCAUCGAGCUCAGAGAAAAGGGUCUAAUCAAACAGGUAGUCCAACACCAUGGACAAGUGAUCUACACUAGAGCAACAAAGGGAGAUGAUCCAGUUGCAUAAUGUUUAAGUCCUAAAAAAUAAAAAAAAAUCUACA